AUGAACCAAAAGAACGACAAGGAAAUAUCUGAAACUACUUCACUCUCAUCACCCCCGUCUCCGGCACUGGAAGCGCAGUCUCAUCCUGCUCCACAAAUGUUUGACGCUUUUCCUCAAUCACCUCACGGUGACUUCAAACCCACAUUUUAUAAUCCCUUCGAAGUUAAGCAUAGGCGUCGCACGUCUCGGUAUCAACUUAAAGUUCUCGAGAGAGCCUUUAAUGAAAACCCUAAACCCCACGCCGCUGUCCGUCAAAUUUUAGCCCAGAAAUUAAAUAUGACCCCACGUGGGGUACAGGUCUGGUUUCAAAACCGUCGAGCCAAAGCAAAGAAAGUGAAGGUUACCGAGGAUAGUCAAAGUAACGAGGGAGAGGAUGGUGACUUUGGUAUAGAGGAGGAAAUAUAUUUAACGACUGAACAUACAAAUGACUGUGCAAAGCAUCUCAAAGAAACUGUAACCUGUGAUAAUGAUGAGCCUAGCACAAAGUGCGAGGAAGGCAUACCUUGUUGCGAAGAAGUAUUUCCCUCCCUGAGUGAAACCGACAGCGAGGGAUUGUAUGUCGAGCAAUCAACAUGUCUUCUGGCGAACAACAUUCUAAUGGGUGAAAGAAGCACAACUGAAAAGGUAUCUCGAACGAAGCCAUCCAUAGAUCCUAUUAAGAUACCUGAAACACAAGAAGAGUAUCAACUUAUGAUGCAGCAACGACAGCUGCAACAAUUUUAUCAGAAGCCACAAGCGGAUGCCGUUCAAGAAUGGAUGCAAGAUAAUAUUUCUCUUGAUCAAUCCGGGCAACCAGCAGGAUUUGUAUCGAAUAUGUACGAUUCGAUAAAUGAUUUUAUUCCAUUAGGGACUCCUCAGUCUGCAGUUUCUAUCCCCGAAUAUUUCACCGACUAUCGGCAAUACAGUCCGUCUGUGAGCUCCGUCAUUAGUGACAAAUAUCCUGCAUCAGCUGCUGAUCCAGCCGACUGUUUACAGCCAUCGGGCUUUUCUCUCUCUCGCCGAAAUUCUUGCCCUCCCGAGUUAAUGGCCUCGCUCUUGAACAUGAAAUUAGUCAAUACUCCUGAGGAAAAGCAACAGCUAACUACGAUUAUUGAAGACGAGACUCUCUAUAACGACGCAAAUGCACAUCAGUUCUUGGCAAUGCCUGCAGUACAGACAAAAAGACGGUUUUCCGAACCAGUGAAUCGUUACAUUUUUGAAGAAUUUCAAGCAGGUGGAACGACGAACUAUGUCAGUGAUUUGCAGAAUUCGUCUUGUAGUCAGACGUUGCCUUUCAACGUUCCAGCGUUCGGAGCGAUUAGUCAAUCAAACGAUCAAGUUGUACAUGAUGCGCCUCAUUUGGAGCGUGGGUUCAGCUUAGAUUCGGCGCUUUGGUCUUUUGCUAAAGAACGCAAUGUAUGGAAUAACGGGUUUGACAUCAAAAAUUCUAAACAAUCAGUUGCUGAUGUUGGCCUCAAAUCCAAUGAUGGAGCAAGUAUUACCGGUCAAUGGAGUCAGUCAAGCCCGGCGAUUUUUGGCAUUGAGACUGUCGGUAGUCUAAGUUUGCCAUUGACAGACGAUGCCACAUUUAUGCAACAAAUAUAUGGGAACCCGAACGAGGAAGUAGUAGUGUGA